CCCAUCAAUCCCAACUCUUUCCUUCCAUCCUUUCCCUUCCCCUACCUUCUUUAUAAAACCUUCCUUCUCCCCUCAAUUCAUAACCCUCAACUUUCCUUUCCCACAUAACAAUGCUGAGAUCGAUUACCGCCCUCAACCGGCUACUGCACCACCCCUUACCCUCUAAUAACCGCUGGCUUUCCUCUGCCCACCUCACCGCCACUCACGAUGAGCCAGUUGCUCUUCCUAAAUUGCCACCUUUUGAUUACAAUCCUCCGCCGUACGAGGGGCCCUCCGGCGAGGAGAUUUUAAGGAAACGCAAGGAAUUUCUUAGCCCUUCUAUGUUCUUUUUUUAUAACAAACCUCUAAACAUUGUACAUGGAAGGAGGCAGUACUUAUUCGAUGAGAAUGGGCGGAGGUAUUUAGACGCUUUUGGGGGGAUCGCGACUGUGAGCUGCGGUCACUGCCAUCCGGAAGUGGUGGAAGCCAUUGUGAAUCAAACAAAAAGCCUCCAACAUUCUACCGUUCUUUAUCUCAAUAAUGCCAUCACUGAUUUUGCAGAGGCUUUAGCUUCCAAAUUGCCCAACGACCUCAAAGUGGUCUUUUUUACGAACUCGGGAACGGAAGCAAACGAGCUGGCCCUGAUGAUGGCGAGGCUAUACACAGGCAACCAUGAUGUAAUUUCUGUAAGAAACUCAUAUCAUGGUAAUGCCGCUGCAACCAUGGCCGCUACGGCUCAGAGCGUUUGGAAAUUCAACGUCAUUCAGAGCGGAGUUCAUCAUGCUUUGAAUCCAGACCCAUACAGAGGCAUGUUCGGAUCAGAUGGAGAGAAAUAUGCAAGAGACGUUCAAGAAAUCAUUGAUUAUGGAACUUCAGGGAAUGUUGCUGCCUUUAUAUCCGAAGCUAUACAAGGAGUGGGAGGAAUCGUUGAAAUGGCGUCUGGUUACUUGGGUGAGGCAUACAAAGUGGUUAGAAAUGCAGGGGGUUUGUGUAUUGCGGAUGAAGUCCAAGCUGGGUUCGGCCGUACAGGAACCCACUUCUGGGGUUUCCAAGCCCAAGGCGUUGUCCCAGACAUUGUAACCAUGGCCAAAGGAAUUGGGAAUGGAAUCCCAAUGGGGGCAGUGGUAACAACCAUAGAAAUAGCCCAAGUUUUGAUGAGACGGAGUUAUUUCAAUACAUUCGGAGGGAACCCAGUAUGCUGUGCAGCAGGGAGAGCAGUUUUGAAAGUGAUUGAUGAAGAGAAACUUCAAGAAAACGCAUUCGCCGUCGGCACAUACCUCAAACAAAGGCUCGCAGCACUUCAACAUAAAUACCAACUGAUUGGAGAUGUGCGAGGAAGAGGACUGAUGCUUGGGGUUGAGCUCGUCACGGAUCGUCAAUUCAAGACCCCCGCAAAGGCCGAGACUCUGUAUAUAAUGGACCAAAUGAAAGAUUUGGGAGUGCUAAUUGGGAAAGGUGGGUGCCACGGGAAUGUGUUCAGAAUCACUCCUCCGCUUUGCUUCACAAAAAAAGACGCAGAUUUUCUUGUGGACGCAAUGGACUACACCAUGUCCAAGAUCUGAAUUUAAACAAAAAUACCAAUUAUAAUUGGGUGUAAAUCAAUUACAGAAGAGAAUUCUAGCAAUUAACUGUCAAAUUUAAAUCUCUCUACUUAUCAUAA